AUGAGGAAAAGUUUUCUAACCACAACUACUACUAAAGAAGAAGAAGAUGAACCAUCAGAUCUUUAUAACCCCACGAAUUUUCCAUCAAGUUCAAGUUCAAGUCCCAAAAGUUCCGAAGAAUCAUUCACAACCCAUUCUUACCAUCACCUAUCAUACCUACCCAUCCCAUUAUACAUAUCCCAACCUUUCCGAAGAAGUUCACUACAAAUCUUAAAACCUUCAACUCAUCAGAACUUUUCAAGUGAUAGGUUGAUUAAAAGACAUUCGAAAAUGUUGGAUAAAUCUUUGUUGAAAGUUAAUAAUGGAUCAAAUGAAAGCUUUAAGUGUUGUGGUGAUCCAUCAGAAUUAGUUUAUGAAAAAGAAUUAGACGUCGAAAUUUCUCAAUCGUCUUCUAAUCCAUCAAAACCAAACCAAAAUGAAGAAACCCAAAAAGAAAUAAAAAAAGAAAUCCGAAUUGCAAACUUUUAUGAAUUCCCCAACAAAUCCAUCAAACUUAUUCCCAAAGACCAUCACACAUACCAAAUCCAACCUGAAGAAACUUUCGAAAAUAUAAAACAAGAAGAUGAUGAAGAAUCAGAAGGAUUUGAUGACACGAUUUUUUGGGAAGGAUUAAAGUUACGAAACCAAAGAGAAGAAGAAACUAGAAAAUGUUUAACAAACCAAUGUUUUAUGAAUUCAUUUGGAUCAGUUACAAUUAAAUGUGAAUCACCAACAGAUAUAAAAGAAAAGAUCAAAUCACCAAGACUAAGUAUCCUCCACAUCACCCAAUCCAAUUCCCCAGACCAACCAUACCAACCGGUCACCGAAUCCACAAAUUUAACAACCGAUUCGAUUUCGAUUUCGAUUUCAACCAGUACGAAAUCUUCCCUAAACCCGAUUCCAGAAUCCCCAUCCCCACCAAACUCACCAACCCAAGCUAUUCAAAUCCAAUCAUCAGAUCCAUUAGAAAAACCUAAAAGGAAUGGAAUGCUAGUGAUUGGAGGAUUAUCAAUCCGAACGAAAACUUUAAUCAGUUUUGAAAAAGAUUCUCAUCAAACUGAAGAUGAAAAGCUUGUGAUCAGAAGAGUUUCAUUACCUUUGAUCAAUACUUCUUCAGACUCUCAUUCUUGUAAUCCGGAUGAAAAAUCUUUAAAAUCUAAACGAAAAGCUCUUUGUUUCCGAUCUCAUUAA